AUGUAUAAGUCAGUGUCCCUGAACAGCCAAGUGAUGCAAGGGUCAGACCUCAACAACAAAUUGAUGAGAGUCCUCAUUAGGUUCCGCCAAGAAAGGGUGGCACUCAUGGCUGAUAUCGAGGCUAUGUUCCACCAGCUACUGAAAGGUGUGGCGUGGUUCCGGAGGUUCAUACAGUGGCGCUUCAGCAAUCCAAAGGAAGAACAUCACCAAGAAGAUCGACUGAAGAUCAGCGAGUUGGAUGAGGCAAUAUUAGCUGUCUUGAGCCUGAUACAAAGGAAGGGAUUUCCUCACGAGAUGGAUGCGCUGGAACGAGGACACUCCAUCAGGACUGGUGACGUAAGCAGACUGGAACCUUACCUGGGUGCAGACGGCCUGUUCAGAGUAGGUGGCCGACUGAAGCGUGCUGCUCUGGAUCCAGACCAAAGGAGCCCCAUACUGUUACCCAGGGACAAAACCACAGAACUUAUCGUACAAGAGGUACAUUCGACCAGGGCUGGCCACUCAGGACACGAGCUCAGUCUAGCAGCGUUACGCAAGACAUAUUGGAUACCCAAGUGCCGUAAGUUGAUCGACCGCGUACUACGUACGUGUGUAAUUUGUCGAAGAAGCAAUUGGAAGCCUACCCACCAACGCCGAGCUGACCUGCCAGAGGACUGGGUACAUCCAGAAGAUCGGCCAUUCAUCCGCACCGGAGUCGACUGUUUUGGUCCCUUCAUGGUUAAACAAGGCCGGGCCCGGGCGAAAAGAUGGGGUUGCUUGUUUACAUGUCUGGCCACCCGAGCUAUACACAGACUCAUUCAUCAACGCCAUGACGAGGCUCACAUCCCGCAGAGGACCUCCCUAGCGCAUCAGACCCGACAAUGGAACCAACAUGAUUGGAGCGAACAGAGAACUUCGGGAGGCGGUGAGUAA